CAUACUCUAUAAACCAACAAAAACUUUUUUAAAAACUCAUCACCUGGCCCAAGCCCAAGUGACCUACGACGCCGUUGGCGCGCUGAAACAAAAGGCCGCAGGGCAGAAAGCGAGGCAAAAUUGCGGAGAUUCUUCCUCGUCACCGGUCAGCAUCUCUGGACAGCGGAAGAUGGAUUCAACCGAAACUCCCUUAUCCACCUCCCCAUCCCAUUCCAAUUUCAGCCAACAGCGCCAUUUCUAUCUUGCCGUGGAUAGGCUCCAAUUCAAGAUGGAAACCUUGGUGGAUCUAUUAGGCAUGGCCGGACGGCAACCGUUGCUACGCAUGGUGGUCUGCUGCAGCACUCGUGACGAGCUCGACGCCGUCUGCUCCGCCGUCUCCCGCCUCUCCUACAUUUCUAUGGCAACUCUGUAUAGUGACCAGGCGGAAGCUGAACGAGCGCGGAUUUUGGAGAAGUUCAGGCAAACGGCAAUUAAUUGGAACAAUUGCACUGCCGAUGGCGAAGAAAAGAAAGAUGACAAAGAAGAGCGGAACAAGUCUCAUAUGAUUAUUGUUACUGAUGCUUGCCUGCCGUUGCUUGGCAUGGGGGAGUCGCCUAUCAGCUCUCGAGUUUUGAUUAAUUAUGAACUGCCAACUAAAAAGGAAACUUAUUUGAGGCGUAUGGCGACUUGUUUAGCCACAGAUGGGAUUGUCAUUAAUAUGGUGGUUGGUGGUGAAGUUGCAACUCUCAAAAGCAUUGAAGAGAGCAGUGGUCUGGUCAUAGCUGAGAUGCCCAUACAUAUCUUUGAGAUGAUGUAAAGUUAGUGGGCUUGUGGAAUGUCAAAAGCUGUAAACGUGGGUCAUGCCAUUGCAAAUGAGGAGAACUGAAUCCUAUAAGAGGACAAGUUUAUCUUCCAUUGUCCUACAAUGAAUUAUACCAUUGUGGUGGCCUGUACUGGACAAAUUCUAGCGAUAAGAGGAUUCCAUCCUGGACUGGAAAAAGCAAUAGAAUCUCAAGAUUUGACAUUAGUAGUAAAGUGGAUUGUUCUAGUCAAGUAUUUUGUUUUUUGCCUCACCAGUUAUCUUGGAGGUAUAUCAUUACAAUGAAUGCUAAAUUGAAAUUAACAGUAACCGAUAGACUGAAAUUAGGCAGAACUGGUUAUAUUUAGUCAUUGAAUAUUAAGCUGAUAGUAGUCACUCAUGGUGUAAAUCACCAUUAGAAGCUGCCUGAUCAAUUUGAGUGAGCACAUGGCACAAGUAGUUGAUAUUGCCGCAAUCACUUCCGGGUGAGCUAUUUAUUUUUGCAAAUAUUUUAUGUGCUAGGCAGUUUUUCCAGCUGGCUGACUUUUUCUUUCUGAAAUUGUCUGAUCCAUAAUGGUGCAAAUAUGUACUUGCUAUGUUUAGCUACAACACAUUUGAGCUGAAGAAGAUCUUUGCUGCUGUCAAAGCAGAAAAAUAAUUAGGUGAAAGCUUGCCCAUGUUGGUGCUAUUUAGUAUGUUGAUGUUAGAUUUUCCUUUUCUCUUAGAUAGAACUAGGGUGCGGGAAGAUUCGAAUAUUUGGAACCUAUGGUCUGUGGUAUCCUUAUCAACUCAUUAGAUGGCUGGAUAUCAUCCUUAAAAAUUCACCAUACCAUGAUUGAUCCCAGCAGUUUCUCUCUGUCUUGAAUUAAAAGUAAAGUUGAAGUCGGUAGAGAACUAAAACUUCUGGAGAUUGGCAGCGGGGGCUUUUCUUCAUAACACUCGUAUAAAAGAUCAAUAAUUCCCAUGGUAUUGGAUGAUUGGAACCUUCCAGCCAUAAGCCUUUUACUUUGUUGUGUUGAUAUAUCCAUCUUCCCAUAGCAUUAGCAUUCAGCUCAUGGUCCCAGCUCUCGCGACAUGAAUUGAAUGUUGCAAUCAAUUUAGGCACCAAAUCAAUUCUUAGUGUCCAUGAUGAGAACAGUAAAGCUGACGUGAA